CUUACUCAUAUCUUCUAAACGAAUUAAAACGUUCUGGACCUGACCUGGCGAGAGAUUCUAACUCGGUGGAACCGAGGAGCUUCACGCUCCCCAAGCUGACGAUAAACUUGUAUGUGGCAAUACAUACGUUCUGCUGCUGAAUUGUUUCAACUGAUGGUCUGCUGAGAUGAAAUAUCAAUUAAGACGGCCAACACACAGUUUGAAAGCUGUACAUCAUGGCGAACAGACUGACAGUCCACUGGGCAGACUAUCUCAUUCUAUGCCUUAUACUGCUGCUUUGUUUAGGAAUUGGAGUUUUCUUCGCUAUCAAAGGACGACAUAAAGCUACCAGAAACGCCUAUUUGUUGGGAGACCGCAACAUUGGUAUUUUGCCCGUGUGUUUGUCUUUAUUCGUGACUUACCAGUCAGCCAUCAGUUUGAUUGGAAUUCCAGCAGAAAUGUAUUUCCAUGGGACAAUGGUGCUUUUCUUCUACGUUUCAAUCACCAGUUGCUAUGUUGCCGGUCUCUUUACGCUAAUACCGCUUCUGUAUCCGUUGCAAGUGACAAGUAUGUAUGAGUAUUUGGGUCUCCGAUACGAGUCGUCUGCCGUGAGAUUGCUGGGAACGUGUGUGGGCAUGCUGCAGACAAUAAGCUACAUGGCAAUUUGUUUACUUUCUCCUGCACUAGCUCUACAAGCAGCUGCCGGUAUUGAGCUGUGGCUGUCUGUUGUUGUAGUUGGUAUAGUGGGUACAAUCUACACGAGUUUGGGUGGUAUUAAAAGUGUUGUAUGGACGGACACGUUUCAAACAGUAAUAAUUUUUGUCGGAAUGGUGGCCAUUUUGGUUAAGGGAUUAAUGGAAGUGGGUGGAGUGAAGAAUAUGUUUGAAAUUGCAAACUCACAAGGUCGGAUAAUCUUCGACGACGUCCGGGUGGAUCCGCGUGUACGUCACACUCUUUGGUCGUUGACGUUAGGCGCUUUCUUCAACUGGUUCGUCAACAGCUUCAACCAAUCAACAGUUCAACGCUUAUCUUCACUUAGGACUAUGAGAGCUGCCAAAAUAGCGUUUUUCCUGAAUGGACCCCUCUGCAUUGUGUACGGAAGUAUCCUCUGUUUUAGCGGAAUCCUCGUUUUCUCAUACUUCUUCGCGAAAGGGUGUGAUCCGUAUGAAGCUGGUUUAAUUGAAAACCGAAAUCAGGUGAUGCCUUAUUUUGUGAUGGACGUUUUAGCUGUGCUUCCAGGAAUGGCAGGACUCUAUAUAUCCACGCUUUUCAGUGGUGCUCUUAGCACAUUUUCUUCUGGAAUUAAUGCUUUGGCAGCUAACACAGUUGAAGAUUUGCUUGGCUACCCGAUUGCCAAAUUCAAACUAAAGGAGAGUACAGCUACCCUUAUAGCUAAACUAUUUGUAAUUGUCUAUGGUUUGCUCACCAUCGGGUUGGCGUAUUUAGCCAAGUCACUUCACGGACCUGUUACACAGAUGGCGAAUUCAGCCAUGGGUGCCUGUGGUGGACCUGUGUUGGGAAUUUUUCUCCUGGGAGCCAUCUUCCCGUGGGCGAAUAAACAUGGCGCCUUAUAUGGGUGUUUAGCAGCGAUCAUAUUUAACAUGUGGAUGGCCAUUGGAGGACAGAUAUAUGGCUCGCCACCCGUGCCACUUCCACCAGCACCGACCUACGGAUGCGAAGGAAAUAUCACUAUGGUGAUGAAUACUACUGGAAGUCAAGAGUACACGUUGUCUUCCAUUACGACUAGUACAGUUUCACCACAAACUAAUUUAAGCUCAUUAUCCAUUGUUCACGAGCGACCAUUAUUCAUCUACGAAGUGUCCUACUUGUGGUAUGGACUCAGCGGUGUCGUCAUUUCCAUGGUUAUUGGAAGUAUUUUAAGUUUGGCCACAGGAAAGUAUGACGUAACACGACUAGAUCCUAGGUUGCUGUUUCCUUUUGCUAGGAAGAUUUGGAAAAUUAAUCUACAGGAGACUUCCGAUAGAGAGAACACAUUAAAGUUAGAACAGUCGUCAUUAAUGAAUGUCCGCGAGUCAUGGGAAAAGGAGAAAGAUGUCAGAUUCCCAGAACGAACUUCAUUUAUUAUCCCAGGAGAUGAAACGGUCACUAAUAAAGAAUUACAAGGCAAAGCAGACAGUCAUAUCUGAUAUGUCAGUCUGGAACGUUUAUCACGCUGGAUGUGUUCGGGGGUUUUGUGUGCAUUACAGAAUAUGGUGUAAAAACGAUGCCAUGUUACCAAACUAGUCUUCCUAUGUUGUUCCUACAGAUGCAAUUGCUACCUAGUAUAUCCACAAUAAACAGAAAAUUUGUAUUAAAGUUCACAAUAAAUUAAACGUAAAUGCAUAAAGAUCUGUUUUGCUAAGAUAUUGCUCAAUACAAUGUACAUGUAUCAGACAAAUAUUACAUUAUGUAUGAUUUAUGAUAAAGGCUAGUUUAACUUUACACCAAAUUCGUCUUUGAAAAUCGUAUAUUAAAAGUGUUCUUGGGCUACGAUGGAAGUGCACCAGAGCUUAACGGGUUUUUUUAAAUUAUGACUAAUAUAUUAUGUAUUAAGAGCAAUACAUUUGCAAUAACUAUUGUUGUACGGAAAUACCUCUACAAUGUAUUUCGUUCAAGAUGCAGUACACCUUUAUUUUGUUGAUCAAUAAUGAAAACAUCCAGAAAUGGCAUCAGUGUUUUAUUGGUGAUAAUCAUUAUAUUAUUAGCUAAUAGUGUAUGUAUGAAUGAAUGAAUGAAUGAAUGAAUGUUUAAAGACACCACAGCACAAAAAUACCCAUCGGCUAUUGGGUUGUCAGAAAAAGUACUACACGUGUAUAUGGAAAUAGUAUUUACAUAAUUAUGUAAAACCAGUGUAUAUAUACAAUACAGUACUCCAGAUUACAUCUUGAUAUCGUACACUACGUACAACAUAUGCUGUACAGUCGUUAAAACACUGAAACAAGCUUGUAUAUACUGUUGUAUUUCAAUAAACGUAGGGGAAGCAGGGGCGUAGCGUGAUCUGAACCUGGGGGUGGGGGUGGUCGAAUAUGAACCAAGGGGACCUUUUUUCUAUUUUGUUUUUGCACCAUCAGAAACUCCAUAUGUAUAAACAUGUAUGCUUU